AUGGAAGACUAUUCACCUUUUCACGUAAGCAUUCUACGAUCCGAUGAUUACGAAAUAAGUCAUGAAGAAUAUACUCCGACUGCAGGAGAUGAAGAAAUUGAUCAUCCUUUUGUCAAUAUUUUACCUGAUUUUGAGAGAUUAGGUUCAUUUUUCAAAGGCCUCACAAAUUCCACGAUAAUAAAAGGAAAAAAUAAAUUGAUAAAUAAAGAUGAGAGCAACAAAGGAAAUAUUAAUCUUAAUAAUCAAGAAAUUAAUAAUUUAAACGAUUUAGAAUUAAAUCACAACAAAAAUAAUAAGAAAAAAUCGGUUACUUUUACUGCUGAGCCUGAUAGUAGCAUAGAAUCGUCUUCUCCAAUUUCAUACGGUUUUGCUUUUGGCGGUGGUAGUAUUAAUGGACGUAGAGGGUUGCGUAAAUUAGUUCAUGGGUUAUCGGGUUCUUCCAGGUCUUCGACCGAAGUCAAUGGGUAA